AUGUCAAACAAUCAUCCACUCAACUUGUUCUCGGCUGAUUUGUAUUCAUCUGAUGAGGAUGAAGAUUUGAUUCAGAAUGGUGGCGAUCAGCAUGGUAGUAUGAUGAUGAGGAUGGAAAAUGGUGGUGCUUUGGAUAGAUCCUUUGGGAGAGGAGGAGGACAACCUCAACAAUCAACAUCACAUUUGAAUCAAUUGAAUGAUUCUUCUUUCGUUUCGGUAGCCUCUACUGGUGGAGCUUCUUCUUCUCUCAGUGUUGGUACUCCUGCAAGGAACACUGUUCGUAGUACUGAUGCUAAUAAUGAUGAAGAUGAAGAAGCCUUAGAGAAUGAGACUCCAGUGAUACUCUCGUUGUGUUAUCAGAGAGGAAGACUUGGCGUUGCUGCUUUUGAUAUGAAUUCAGGUGAAUUAUUGUGUGGAGAAACCAAUGAGAAUACUCUCUUUGAAGCAACAGAAUUCGUCAAAUUUGAAGUAAAGCCUAAUUUAAUUCUUGUUCCUUCCCGACUGGAACAAUCCUUCAUGAAACAUGUUAAAAAGCCAAUCGAAGGAGCAAAAGAGCAACAAAUUGAAGUCAAGCUACUCAAGUCUUCUGAUUUUAGUGCUGAGAAUGCCACCAAGAAGAUUCAAUUAUUAGAGAAUGUAUUACUCGGUAAUCAAAAUGAUAGAAUGAUGACAGAUGAGGAACCCUCCACUCCCAUUCUUAACAAUGGACCAGCAUUUCUUAAACAAGCAAAUAGAUUAAGGCAAGUCAGUGAGAAGAAUGAUAACAUGUUUGAUUUUUCCUCACUCUACGUUGAGGAGAAUACACAGACAGUGAGAGCUUUGGGAGGAUUAUUGUGUCAUAUUCAAACCAAUAGACUCUCUUUUGGUGAGCUUGAUGAUAUUGAAGUCUUAAAGAACAUCAAGAAUAUCAAAAAUUUCAAGUUAUUUUCAAAUCAAAAUUCUCAUGCUCAUGUUGUCACAGUGGAAUCACAUCCUUCAAGUUCUCUCGGUAAGCCAAAGGAAGGAUUGUCAUUAUUUGGUAUUAUGAAUAAGACAAAAUCAUCUGUUGGUAAAGAUCUUCUUCGUCAAUGGUUUUUGAAACCAGUAAUGGACUUGGAUAUUAUCAAGAAGCGUCAUGAUGCCAUAGAUUAUUUUAGCAGAUUCUCAGAUGAUAUUAUUGACGAAAUAAGGGAAAAUCUCAAAUUUGUUAAAAACACCAAACGUAUCAUCAACAGAAUGAGAGAAGCAAAAGCAACAGUGAAUGAUUGGAGUAAUCUCUACAAGACCUUGUACUGUUACAAGAAUAUUACUGAAAUUCUGUCAGAAAUGGAUGAUAAUCCUUCCGUAGAAGUAGCCCAAGACUUGCUUAACCACGACAAUGAGUCUAUCAUGAAAGUAUUACAAGCAAUAUCAAAAAUUGUCGAUCUCAAAGAGUCAAGAAGUCAAAACAGAUUGGUCAUAAUGACAGGAGUCAACUCUGAACUUGAUAAUAGAAGACAAACAUAUGAAUCGUUAGAUACAUUCCUUGAUCUGGUUGCUCAACAAGAAUCCAACUCAUUUCCUGAGGAUUUCCCCUUCUCAUUCAAGGCAGUGUACUACCCUCAACUUGGAUUCCUUCUUGUGGUUGAUAAGAAUGAAACCUCUGAGAAUUAUUCAGAGUAUGCUCAGUAUGGGCUACGUUUUCAUUUUUCCUCAGAUCGUUCCUUGUACUUUAAAAACGACACAACUGAUGAGCUGGACACAGAGGUUGGAGAUAUACACCACUUGAUUAUUGAACAAGAAACCUCCAUUUCAGUUAAAUUGGAAAAAUAUGUGCUUCAAUACCAUGACCAAAUUAACAAAUCCAAUGAUCUUUGUGCCAAACUUGAUUGUAUCAUUUCUAUGGCUAAUUGUGCCAGUGAGUUCAACCUAUCAAGACCAGUAAUGACCAACGAGAGUAAGCUCAAUAUUAGGGAAGGUAAGAAUAUUCUCCAAGAGUUAACAGUAGAUACUUUCAUUCCCAACGACACAAAUAUAUCUGAAUGUAUUCAAAUUAUUACUGGUCCAAAUAAUUCUGGUAAAUCUUGUUAUUUGAAACAAGUAGGUUUAAUUGUAUUCAUGGCUCAUAUUGGAUCAUUUGUGUCAGCAUCUCCAGAAUCAGUAAUAGGAGUUGUAGAUAGAAUAAUGACAAGAAUUCAAUCACAAGAUAGUAUCAGUGUUAGUCAAUCCACUUUUGCCAUUGAUGUACUCCAAAUGAAGGCCAUGGUUGACUUUGCUUCUUCAAGAUCUCUUCUCCUCAUUGAUGAAUUUGGAAAAGGUACUUUGGCACUGGAUGGAAUAGCUCUCUUAUCAGCAAUCCUCAAACAUUUCCAAGAAAGAGAACAUGUACCGAGAGUGAUUGUCACUACUCACUAUGUUGAAGUGCUUCAACACAAAAUCAUUGAUGUAAACUCAACAUCUAUUCAAUUCAUGACCAUGGAUGUAUUGAUUGAUUCAGUCAAUGAAUUGCCAAAUGAUAUGGAAGAUGAACACUUUGUGGUUCCAAGUGCUGAGGAUUUAGUGUUUUUGUACAAAUUGACACGUGGUAAAAUAAUCCCAAGUUACGGCAUAACUGUUGCCUCACUCGCUGGUCUUCCAAACCAAAUUAUUGAGAGAGCAAAAUUUGUUGCCGAAAGGUUAUCCAAAUCAAAACCUAUUGAAGCUGUAAAAGACAAUGAGAAGGGAAAACUGUUCUAUGAAUUGUAUGACCGUUUCAGAAAGUGUGACGGUUCUGAAGAGAGUAUCAAGCAACUCUUCAACUUUGUCAAGUCAAUUUGA